AUGGACAUGGAAAACGUAAAACAGAUAUUCAGAGACGCUGGCACCGCGAUCAGCAGAGCCGUGCAAUUUACAGAAGAAAAAUUGGGUAAAGCAGAGAAAACAGAACAAGAUCCAAAUUUUGAACAAUUAGUCACUUUUUGUGAUAACACUAAACAAAACACCGAAACUAUAUUGAAGAACAUGGAAUUUAUUUUGAAUUCUAAUCCUGGAAUGAGAGUGGAAAAUCUUUUUUUCUUGGACAAGAAAAAAUCUGGACUCAGCAGCUCAGAAUAUUUAGGAAUUGCCAUGACGGAAGCUGGGAACGAUUUUGGACCAGAUACAGCUUAUGGUAGUGCACUUAUAAAAGUUGGAAAUAUACAGCAAACACUGGGACUCAAUCAAAGAGAAUUCAUCAAAUCAGCCAAUGACUGUUUUGUGAACCCAAUGAAUAAAUAUUUAGAAACUGACAUGAAGACUGUUGUCAAGGAACGUUCACUAUUAGAAAAAAGAAGACUUGACUUAGAUGCUUGCAAAACUCGAGUGCGCAAGACCAGAAUGCUUGCAACUACUAAAGUUAAGCAAGAUGACUCUGGUCCUACUAUGGAAGAGUUAAUAGAUAAGGCUGAACAUGAUCUCAAGGUAGCUCAAGAAGAGUAUAAUCGUCAGGCAGAAAUUACCAAACUAUUGAUGGAAGGUGUUCCCAGUGCUCACCCUCAACAUUUGCAACACUUAUUAGACUUUGUUGAUACACAAGCAGCUUUUUAUUUAAAAUGUCAUGAGUCUUUAAUGAGCCUUCAAUCAGAUCUUUCUGGAUUUCCAUCAGACCAAGACAAUGUUGCGACAUUAUCUCCUGAUACUCCUGCAUUGGGACGUAUACAACAAGCAAAAGUUAUUACUAGUCAAGAACCACGAGAUGCCCAUGAUUUAAGAUUAAGUGCAGGAGAAAUCAUUAGUAUUGAUGUAAAUUCCGACAUCGGUUCAAACUAUUUUAUUGGUAAAAAAAUUCAAAAAGGGAAAGUUUAUAAAAGCAAUGUCAGACUUUUAAAUCAAGGUUAA